UUUACAUUGUUGAUGCGUAUAGGUCCCUGUAACCACUUAACACCAGGUGGGCUCGUUUACCCAUCUUAGUAAUUAAUAAAAACAUUGUGAAUGAUAUAUCCUCUUGUUUUUUUUUUGUUUUGUAACAAAGAUUGACUUGAGAUACCUUCGGUUCAUAAUUCUAUUACGGAUCACUGUGUAUUCAGACUUCGUUAGAUCAACACGGGUCUGACAGGUAGUAAAAAAUGUUACUGAAUUAUAUUUCAUUUUUAAGUGUUUUAAUUAGCACUACAGCGUUUCAUGACUACGAGUAUGGCGAUGAUUACGAACACGAUAGUGAUCAAUUUCGUGAACAGGGUAGAUCGUAUCCACAGAGUCCGAUCAUUGACGCAGUUUUGAAAUCAUACGCUCCUAAUUACGUGCCGAAAAAUUCUGAAGACAUUUUUGAUUUUUUGAGAGAUUCAUACCCACUGCCCGCAGGUCUUCAGAGUCCCUAUGAUGAAUAUGACUUCAUUAUCGUAGGGGCGGGCUCAGCAGGCUCUGUUUUAGCUUCUAGACUAACAGAAGAUAAGAACACCACGGUCUUGCUUAUAGAGGCCGGGAAGCCAGAAAUGAUAUUAACUGACAUUCCAAUUAUGGCACCAUAUUUUCAAUCAACAGAAUAUGCCUGGCAGUACUAUAUGGAACCCCAACCUGGAGUUUGUACGGGCAUGAUCAACGGUCGUUGUUUUUGGCCGCGCGGGAAGGCUGUCGGGGGUAGCAGCGUCAUCAACUACAUGAUAUACACGCGUGGUAGACCACAAGAAUGGGACAGAAUCGCGGCUGCGGGGAAUUAUGGAUGGUCCUAUAGCGAUGUUUUGGAAUACUACAAAAAAGGCGAGAGAGCUAAUCUAAACGGCUAUGAAAAAGAUCCAACGAGAAAUCGCAACGGAGAAAUGCCCGUUGAAUUUGCACGAUACAGAACCAAACUUAUCGAAGCAUUUUUGGAAGCGGGCAGAAUCCUUGGACAUCCAACAAUCGAUUAUAAUUCACCGCACCAAUUAGGAUUCGGUUAUGUGCAAACUACAAUAACCAAAGGACACCGACAAACUGCUGCGAAAGUAUUUCUGCAUAGACAGAAAACACGGCAAAACUUACACAUCUUGCCGGACACAUACGUCACUAAAAUACUGAUAAAUCCUCAAACUAAAACCGCUUACGGAGUCGAAUACGUACGCAACCGAUUAAAACAUAGUGUACUAGCACGUAAAGAAGUAAUUCUAUCUGCUGGUCCCAUAGCAUCCCCCCAGCUACUUAUGUUAUCCGGCGUGGGCCCCAAAGAACAUUUAACUUCAAUGGGUAUACCAGUUCUCAAAGAUCUGCCAGUUGGAAAAACGCUUUACGAUCAUAUUUCUUUCCCCGCUCUUAUAUUCGAACUCAACACAACCGACGUCAGUUUGAACGAAAACAAGAUGCUAAAUGCUAAAUCUGCAAUUGAGUGGAUUAAAAAUGGUGACAAUGUUAUGUCAUCUCCAGGGGGCGUGGAAGGAAUUGGUUAUAUCAAAACUCCGGUCUCUAACGAUCUGGAUCCUAUACCAGACAUCGAACUGCUCAGCAUUGGGGGAUAUAUACUUGUCGAUGGUGGGCCUGGAGGUAGCAAAGCGGUAAGAAAAGGAAUGAGAAUUAGGGAUGCAGUUAUAGAUGAGGCUUUUGGAUCAAUAGACAGAAUCUCUAAAGAUACAUGGAGUGCUUUUCCCAUGUUACUACACCCAGUUUCCUUUGGAAGAAUCGAACUUAAGAAUAAAAAUCCAUUUAGUCACCCACGGAUGUAUGGAAAUUAUUUAACUCACCCAAAAGACGUGGCAACCUUCAUAGCUGCAAUACGUCAUGUACAGGCUUUAGUUGCUACACCGCCUUUUCAGAAACUUGGUGCAAAAAUACAUAAAGCUCCCUACCCAACUUGCCGUGACAUACCGUUUGACUCAGAUGAGUACUGGGAAUGCGCUAUUCGCACCCUCACUGCUACUUUGCACCACCAGAUUGCGACAUGUCGAAUGGGACCAAACAAUGAUUCAUUAGCAGUUGUAGACCCAGAACUAAGAGUAUAUGGGAUCGAAAAACUGCGGGUCGUAGAUUCAGGAGUCAUACCACGAACUAUAUCUGCUCAUACAAAUGCACCCGCGAUGAUGAUCGCCGAAAAAGCUGCUGAUAUGAUCAAGGCUACAUGGACACAUCCUUGACAUGUUUAAACUCUAUCUUUUUUUUAUUUAAGUAAUAAUUAUGUGGUAUAUUUUUUUUUAUUGCUUAGAUGGGUGGACGAGCUCACAGCCCACCUGGUGUUAAGUAGUUACUGGAGCCCAUGGACAUCUACAACGCAAAUGCGCCACCCACCUUGAGAUAUAAGUUCUAAGAUCUCAGUAUAGUUACAACGGAUGCCCCACCCUUCAAACCGAAACGCAUUACUGCUUCACGGCAGAAAUAGGCAGGGCGGUGGUACCUACCCGCGCGGACUCACAAGAGGUCCUACCACCAGUAAUUACGCAAAUUAUAAUUUAUAAUGUAUAAUAAAUGCUCUGUAUUUUAA